ACCCGCGAGGAGCUCCCCAGACCGCGAGGCCGACUCCCCACGGCCGUCAGUGCAGCGCCGAGCAGGGCGAGACGAGCAGCCAUCGUCAUCAACGUCAUCAUCAUCAUCCUCAACAUCAUCAUCCUCAACAUCUUCAACAUCAUCAUCAACGUGAUCAUCAUCAACGUGAUCAUCAUCCUCAACAUCUUCAACAUCAUCAUCAACGUCAUCAUCAUAAACGUCAUCUACUUCAACAUCUUCAACAUCAUCAUCAACGUCAUCAUCCUCAACAUCUUCAACAUCAUCAUCGUCAUCAACGUCAUCAUCAUCAUCAACGUCAUCAUCCUCAAUAUCCUCAACAUCAUCAUUUGCAGUAAUAAGGCCACGUGGUGCACGUCCUGGGAGACAAAGCUGAAACAAAGUUGGUGAAUUUGCUGCUACUGCUGCUGCUGCUGUUUCCAAUUGACGAGAGACAAAGACGGCAGAGACGACAACAAUAAGAAAUAUAGAAGCGAAAAAAGCAAUCAAGACCAUCGCCGUCAUCGUCGGCGAUACGGACUAAGGAGAGCACACGUGCGCCGCCGCGUACGGGGAGACGGAUUGAAAGUUGGACACCCGACCCCGGCCAUGGCCUCUACAUUCGGCGGGGCUCCGCGGUUCCUCUCCCGACCGCGGCCCCCGCGUGGCCUCGUCCCGGGCGCGGACGCCACCAUCAACUGCAAGAUCGCGGGCGAGCCGGCGCCCGUCGUCGUCUGGGAGAAGGGGGGCGAGCGGCUGGGGGCGGGGGGCCGCUACCGGCCCUACGAGGACGGCGACGGCGGCUACGGCCUCGUCAUCAGCGAGGUGCGCGGCGACGACAGCGGCCUCUACACGUGCCGCGCCUCCAACGGCGUGGGCGAGGCCUACAUGGCCGUGACCCUCAACGUGCCGGCGGCGGUGGCCCUGGCGGCGGAGGGACCGCCGGGCGUGACCCCGUCCACACGGACACCGCCACCAACACGGACACCGCCAACCACACAGACACCACCAACCACACAGACACUGCCACCAACACAGACACCACCAACCACACAGACACCACCAACCACACAGACACCACCAACCACACAGACACCACCAACCACACAGACACCACCAACCACACAGACACCACCACCAACACAGACACCACCAACCACACAGACACCGCCACCACGGACUCUGCCCACUCAAUCUCGGCCCACGUCGACGUCAACUCCGAGCCGGACUCGUCCCGCGUUCGAGUCGGCCCCGCGCUCGGUGCGCGUCCGCGCCGGUCGCGACGCCGCCUUCUCGUGCCGCGCGUCCGGCCAGCCGCGGCCCCGCGUGUCGUGGGAGAAGGGCGGCCGCGCCAUCGACCACGCCGCGGACGGGGGCGGCCGCUACGUGGUGAGCGAGUCGGCGACGAGCGACGCGGCGUGCACGGCCUCCGUGCUGCGCGUGUACUGCGCUCGCGCGGCGGUCGACGCGGCCGAGAUCGUGUGCCGAGCCGCGAACGCGGCCGGGGAGGUGACCGCCACGGUGAGGCUCGAGGUGGACGAGGAGGAGGUGGCGGACGACGUGGAGGAGAAGGGGUCUCUUCGCUCGAGGCGAGAACCCUCGCGGUCACGGGGCAGCUCGGCGUGUCCGCACGCCAAUGGCGAGAGAAAGAGUGGCGGUUACGAGGACCGGGUAGGUGGUGGUGAUGGUGGUGGUGAUGAUGAUGACCACGAAUGGAGGAAGCAGAAGGAGGAGGAGGAGGAAUAUUUUUCGCCUCGGUUACUCGAGGCCAAGCGACGGAUGGAAGGUCUGGGUCUGGAAUUGAAGAAACUCCGCGAUGGGAGCGCGUGCGGGCGAGACGACCUCAUCUCGUCCGCACAUCGGCAUCACAAGCAGCAGCAGCAGCAUCAUCGCCACCACCGUCAUCAACGUCACCACGAACAGCAGCAGCAGCAGGAGCCGCCGCCCGUGAAGCCCAUGAGCUACACCAUCUCGGAGGGGAAGCACGCCAAGUUCAGCUGCAACGUGACGGGCAAGCCGAGGCCGCGCAUCGUCUGGAAGAAGGAGGGACGCGAGCUGGCCGAGGGCCGGCGCCACCUCCUCUACGAGAGCGACGAGGGCCUCUUCGUGCUCAAGGUGCUCUACUGCCGCGCGCGCGACCAGGGCCUCUACACCUGCGAGGCCUCCAACCGCGUCGGCUUCACCUACAGCGCCGUGCAGCUGCACGUCAAAGAGCCGCCGUGCCCGUUCCGGAGCCGGCUGCAUGACACGGAGGCGCGGGAGGGCGGUGUCGCCACCCUGGAGUGCGAGGUGGCGCGCGCCGGGGACGAGGCGGCGUGGUUCCUGGAGGAGCGGCGACUGGGGCACUCGGAGAAGCACGCCGUGGAGAGCUCGGGCAAGCUGCGCCGCCUCGUCGUGCACGACCUCGGCCCCGACGACGACGGGGUGUACGUGUGCGAGACCGCCGACGGGAGCCGCACCGUGGCCGAGCUGAGCGUCACAGGUAAGAUCGCAAAGCGGCUGCCCCGGCGGGUGAAGGUGGCGGCGGGCGGCGGCGCCGUGCUGGAGGCGGAGGUGGCGCGCUCCGGCGGCCAGGUCCACUGGCUGUGGGCCGGCCGGGAGGUGCGGCCGGAGGACCACGGGGAAGGGGACGACCCCCGCGCCCGGGCCGCGAGGGAUGGGGCGAAGCGGCACACGCUCACCCUGCGUGCCCUCGAGCUGCAUGACAGCGGCCCCGUGGUGUUCGUGGCGGACGGAUCGCGAUCGACCACCCAGCUCCUCGUCGUGGAAUCCGCAUCAUCGAAGGAGCGGAGAGACGCAGCUUCCCAACAGAACGGGGACGCAACCUCCGAGUCGCGACCACUCGACAACGACAUCGACGACAUCGACGGGAUCAACGACAUCGACAACAACAACAACGACAUCGUCAACAUCGUCAACAUCGGCAACAGCGGCGGCAGCGGCAGCAUGCUGCCCACGUUGGCCGAGCUCACGGACACGAGCGUCACCGUGCGUUGGACUCCGCUGCCGGACGCGCGGGGCUACGCGGUGGAGCGGAACGCGCUCGGCCGCCCCGAGUGGCUGCGCUGCCACGCGGACGAGCUGCUCGCGGAGCCGCAGCUGCGCGUGCGCGUCCCCGAGCGCGCCGAGUACCGCUUCCGCGUGUUCGCGCUGCGCGCCGGAGCCCUCCCCGGCAGCUGCGAGGCCGUGCCAGGCACCGCGACGCUCGCCGUGGAACCGGUGGUCUUGCGGGCUCCACACGACCUCCGGGUGAGCGAGGGGGAGGACGCCGAGUUCCGGGUGGAGCUCUCACCAUCCUCGUCGCCCUCGUCCUCCUGUUGCUGGCUCCUGGACGGGCGCGAGGUGGUGCCAGGCGGUCGCUACGAGAUGCGUGCCGAGGGCCACGCGCGCCUCCUCGUCAUCCGGGACGUGGACGCAGGCGACAGCGGGGCCCAGGUGGAGUUCCGGUGCGGCGAGGAGCGCGGGCGAGGCGCCACGCUCACCGUCACAGCCGCCCCAGACCUCUUCGUUCGGGACCCAGAGCCGAGUACGGACGUGCGUGCCGAGUCGGGGAGCCCCGCGGUGCUCGCGUGCCGCGUGCGUCGCCCCGGAUCGCGAGUCCGCUGGCUCGGGCCCGGCGGCAUCGACCUCCUCGCCGACAAGCGGCCACCGCCUCCGUCUCCGGGUCAUGGCCACCAGGAGAUGGGGGCUGGCGAGGGCAGCGGAGGUGCGAGGAGGAAGGAAGGCGAGGAGGAGGAGGGGGAGGAGGAGGAGCAGGGGGAGGUGGAGUUCAGCGAGCGGAGCGAAGGGACGCUGCGAGAGCUGACCGUGCGCACGGCGCGGCCCGGCCACUCGGGGGAGUACACAUGCGCGACGAGCGACGACUCGCUCACCUUCCAGCUGAGCGUUGCGGAGCCGCCCGCGACCUUCGUGUCUCGCGAGGAGACGCUGACGAGCGUGGAGACGGUGGAGGGGGAGCGCGCGGAGCUGAGCUGCGCAGUGUCGCGCGGGGACGCGAGCGUCGCGUGGCUCAAGGAGGGACGCGCGCUCUCCGAGCAGCAGCAGCAGCAGCUCGGCCUCCGCCUGGAGGCGUCGGGGACGCUGCGCCGCCUCGUCAUCGAGCGCGCGCAGGCGGCGCACGCCGGCGUCUACACGUGCGACACGGGGCACGAGCGCGUGGACUUCACGGUCCGCGUCGCCGAGCCGCCCGCGACCUUCGUGUCUCUCGAGGAGACGCUGACGAGCGUGGAGGCGGUGGAGGGGGAGCGCGCGGAGCUGAGCUGCGUGGUGUCGCGUGGGGACGCGAGCGUCGCGUGGCUCAGGGAGGGACGCGCGCUCUCCGAGCAGCAGCAGCAGCAGCUCGGCCUCCGCCUGGAGGCGUCGGGGACGCUGCGCCGCCUCGUCAUGGAGCGCGCGCAGGCGGCGCACGCCGGCGUCUACACGUGCGACACGGGGCACGAGCGCGUGGACUUCACCGUCCGCGUCGCCGAGCCGCCCGCGACCUUCGUGUCUCUCGAGGAGACGCUGACGAGCGUGGAGGCGGUGGAGGGGGAGCGCGCGGAGCUGAGCUGCGUGGUGUCGCGCGGGGACGCGAGCGUCGCGUGGCUCAGGGAGGGACGCGCGCUCUCCGAGCAGCAGCAGCAGCAGCUCGGCCUCCGCCUGGAGGCGUCGGGGACGCUGCGCCGCCUCGUCAUCGAGCGCGCGCAGGCGGCGCACGCCGGCGUCUACACGUGCGACACGGGGCACGAGCGCGUGGACUUCACGGUCAGCGUCGCCGAGCCGCCCGCGACCUUCGUGUCUCUCGAGGAGACGCUGACGAGCGUGGAGGCGGUGGAGGGGGAGCGCGCGGAGCUGAGCUGCGUGGUGUCGCGUGGGGACGCAAGCGUCACGUGGCUCAAGGAGGGACGCGCGCUCUCCGAGCAGCAGCAGCAGCAGCUCGGCCUCCGCCUGGAGGCGUCGGGGACGCUGCGCCGCCUCGUCAUGGACCGCGCGCAGGCGGCGCACGCCGGCGUCUACACGUGCGACACGGGGCACGAGCGCGUGGACUUCACGGUCAGCGUCGCCGAGCCCCCGGCUCGCUUCGUGUCGCGCGAGGAGACGCUCACCGAGGUGGAGGCGGUGGAGGGGGAGGACGUGGCGCUGGGCUGCGAGGUGUCGCGCGACGACGCCGCCGUCUCGUGGCAGCGCGCGGGCGGCGAGGAGCUGAGCGACGACGAACGGCGCGAGCAGCUGAGCGACGGGGUCGAGCGGGCGCUCGUGCUGCACGGGUGCGAGGCCGCGGACGCGGGGACGUACGUGUGCGUGACGCGCGACGGAGACGCCAUCGAGUUCCACGUGCGCGUCACGGCCCCCCCGGCGCUCUUCACGCAGCCCCUGCGCGACGUGUAUGCGCGCGCCGGGGAGCCCGUUGCGCUCGGCUGCCUCGUGUCGGACCCGCGGGCACGCGUGGCCUGGCUCCGGGACGGGCUCCCCCUGGGGGAGGGGGACCAGGAGGAGGGGGGGGAGCGGUGGGAGGAGGUGGAGGAGGGCGCCAGGCGGGAGCUGCGGAUCGCGCGCGUGGCGCUCGAGCACGAGGGCGAGUACACGUGCGAGACGAGCGGCGACGUCACGAGCGCGUGGCUGGCCGUCGAGGUUCCUCGUCCCGUGGAGUUCGUGUCGGAGCUGCACGGGCUCACGGUGCUGGAGGGCGAGGACGCGACGUUCCGCUGCUCGGUCUUGCCGGCCGACGCGGCUGUGCGCUGGGAGCUGCGUGGCGCCGCGUUGGAGGCCGGGGGCCGCGCGUCGCUGCACGAGGAUGGCGCCGCUCGCUCGCUGCUCCUGCGCGCCGUCACGGCGCUCGACGCCGGCGAGGUGGCGGCACUGGCCGACGGAGCGGAGACGCGGGCCCAGCUCCGCGUGCAAGAGGCCCCCGUGUCGUUCGUGCGCGGGCUGGAGGCGACGGCGGCGGAGGAGGGUGACGACGUGGUGUUCACCGUGGAGCUGUCGCGAGCGCAGGCCGAGGUGCGCUGGGCACGCAACGGCGUGCUGCUGAACCCCGGGGCCGAGCGCGCCGAGCUGCGCGCGCACGGACCGCUGCGCUCGCUCACCGUGCGCUCCGUCAGCUUCUCGGACCGCGGCGUCUACUCCUGCGAGAGCCUCCACGAGCGCACGCAGGCGCGGCUCAGCGUGGAGCCUCGCCAGGUGCGCCUGGUGCAGGCUCCGAGCGCUGUGGAGGCGACGGAGCGCGGCACGGCCACGUUCUCGCUGCGCCUCUCUCACGCCGACGUGCCGGGCCAGUGGUUCCGCGACGCGGCGCCCGUGUCUCCGGGGCCCCUGUGCCGCGUGGCGGCGUGCGGCGCGGAGCACAGCCUCACACUCGCGGCGCUCUCGCUCCACGACUCGGGCCUCGUCUCCUUCCAGGCCGAGGGGGUGCACUGCUCGGCGAGGCUCACGGUCAGAGAGCCGCCCGUGAGGUUCGUCCGUGAGCUGGAGGAGACGCGCGCACCCGAGAAGUCACGUGUCACCCUCGAGUGCGAGGUGUCGCGCGAGUUCGCCGACGUCAAGUGGUACAAGGACGGAGAGGAGGUGAAGCCGGGCGGCCGGUGCCGCCUCAUGUCCCAGGGCCCACGGCGCUCGCUGCUCGUGCCGCGGUGCGAGCACGCCGACUCGGGGAUCUACGCGUGCGUGGUCACGGGCGACGCACGCACCGAGGCAGCGCUGCGUGUGCACGCUCGCGACGUGCGCAUGGUGCAGCGGUUGACGGAGUGCGACGUGGAGGAGGGGCAGGCUGCCUCGUUUGAGUGUGAGACCACUCACGACGAGGUGAGCGCCGUGUGGACUCUCAACGGGACGCGACUCAAGCCCGGAGACAACGUCCGCAUCCGAGAUGAGGGCACGCGGCACAGCCUGGUGCUGGCGUGUGUGCGUGCCGAGGACGCCGGGGAGGUGGGCUUCUCCGCCGAGGGCGCCGAGUGCACGACUCAGCUCCGCGUCCGAGAGUUGCCGGUCCGCAUCACAAAGCCUCUACGCGACAAGAUCGCCAUCGUGGGCCGGCGCGCCGUGCUCGAGUGCCGCGUGUCGCGCGCCACCGCCCGCGUCUCCUGGCAGCACGGCGGGCGCGAGCUGGCGGAGGGCGGGCGCUACCAGAUGGGCGCGCAGGGCGAGUACCGCACGCUCGUCAUCGUCGAGGCGGCCUUCAGCGACGAGGGCUCCUACACGUGCCGCGCCGGGGAGGCCUCGUCGUCGGCGCGGCUGCUCGUCGAGGACCAAGUGCUCCAGGUGACACGCGGGCUGCAGGACGUUCGGGUCCCGUCCUCGGGCACCGCCGUCUUCGAGCUGGAGCUUUCGGGCCCCGCGGCGCGGCCCCCGCGCUGGGCCCUCAACGGGACGCGGCUCCGCGACGGCAGCGGUGGCGCCCACAUGGAGGCGCGUGGCACCGUCUACCGCCUCUCGCUGUUUGAGCCGCGGGCCUCCAUGAGCGGCCUCGUCGAGUUCUCUGCCGGGGAAGCCAAGAGCUCGGCGCGGCUCACGGUCGUGUGAAGGGGCACUGAGCCGACAGCCGUGAUGAGAGGGCCUCGGUUUGAUCCCUGGUGCCGGGGCUGUCCUUGCUGCCUGGUGGCGGGGCGGCCAUAUUGACGGUGCCGUGUUGGAACCAGAACUGGCACGGCAGAGAUCCUGGGUUUGAGCGCUGAGGUUGAGUAGCUUUUUGCUGUCCAUAAUGGCGGUGUUUGAGAUGCUGAGCUGGCACUGCAAGGCGCAUGAGUUUGAGCUCUUAAGGUUGGGUGGCUAUUGUUGUUUCACAGGGGGAGGUUCACAGUGGCUGUGUCAAAACUGCUGAAACACCAUGGUAGGGUUGCUAGCUUCAGGCCCCGGGGCUGGGCGUAUAUCUCUCUGUUACACAAAUGGGAGGGGUUUCUAAUGGCCAUGUCAGAGAGACUGAGUAUGAACCACCGAGGUGCAGUGUUUGAGCUUUGUAGAUGGGUGUGUCUCAUUGGCUUACAGAGUUCAUAAUGGUUGUUUGAGAUGCUGAGUCAGUGCUGCUGAGGUCCGGGGUUUGAGUCCUGGGUCUGGAAUUCUCUUUCACAAACAGAGGGUUGACAACCAUCUUGCUGAGAUCCCAUGAUUAACACCUAGGGUCGGGUGUCUUUUGUUGUCUCAAAGGGGCGUUCAUAAUGACCUUGACAGAGGCACAGAGCCAUCACCGCUGAGAUCUUGGGUUUAAUCCUGAGGGCCUUUCACGGGCUCAUAAUGGCCCUAUUCGAGUCAGCACCACUUGGUGGUUUGUGGAGGUUGGUGACGGUUAGUGGGAGGUUUAUAUUGUUUUCUGGAUGUUGGUGGCUGACAGAUGUCGAUGGUUGAGAUGAUGAUGUUGGUGGCGAAAGUAUAAAUUUUACUGAUGUAGAAGGAGAAAAGUUUAAUGAAAGGGCAAGAUAUUAGAGGUCGUGUCACCCCCUUUACUCAGUUUCUAUUUUAGCCUUUAUGAUAUUAAUCAUGGAAUAAAUAUUACAUGCUCAUGGUUGCCAGUUCUCAUUGUCAAAGUGUCUUCCUGCCCAAACAAGCGUGGGAGUAACAGCCCUGAACUACUGGUCUAAAUUCCACUUUUCUAUGAUGAGGACCAGUUGAUCCAGAGGACCAUUCUGAUCCUGAUGUCUAAUUUGCAAUAAAAACCCCACAGGCUGAAAUUUGAAAGAAGUGUCUGUGAACUUUUACAGGUGUAACUCAAAAAUCAAAUCGCUCUUGUAGAAAUGAAUUAAAGUGAUGUCGCUACAUUGGCAUUAUUAAACCGUAUGGGAGUAACAUCACGACAAAGGUAUAUAUAUUAUUUUUACCAACAAUGACAUUUUAAACUCAUGUGGGACAGCCCAGAGACACUCAGUCGAGGCGAGCAGCUACAAGAUAGGAGCUGUUUAUUGGGUUGUGUCUUCCUUUAACCUGGUCACGGCGAUUCGUUUUGUGAACCUCACAAUGCUUUGUGUGCCCUUCGCUUUGUUGGGGUUAACUCAGCUGUUCAGCCCUAUGUGGUCGAUAAAUUGUUUGUCCUAUAAAUAUACUCACAUUUACAAUGGGAAUGUGGAAUUUCCACCACUGGUUCAGCGCUGUGAAUAAAAGAUGAGCAGCGUCCAAUAUUGAUUUGCACUGAAAACCACUCUUGGCUCUUUUUUGGCCCGAUUGACACGAGCCGGUAACAAUCAUGUGCGUAAAAUGAAGUUAAAUAGAGGAGAUGUUUCUUAAACCAUUGCAAACUGAUAACUCACCUCAAGGAGGUAAUUUAAUAUAUUUGGAAUAUUUUAUUGAGCACGGCUCGAUAACAGAUUAUUAUUAAUGUAAAAAUAGUAAAUUGAUGGAUAAAAGCUAACAUGAAAUGAUGACUCGUUGGUCUUACAAACAUCGGUGAAAUAAACGCAAAUGAGCGUCUGAUGGACCCGAAUUAAACAAACACAACGAGGUGGUUGUGUGGCUCGGGGUCAGAGAUACCGCGAUCCUGGGCCUGAAUCCAGGUCUCACGCACCCGUGGUGAAAGUGGCUUUCACCUGUAGCAAGUUGCCGGUCUCCGCCCGCUCACCAACAAUUCAACAAAAAAGUAAUCACAUCAAAAUAAAAAUCCGCUUCAAAUUCAUUUGUUGGGUUUGUUUUUGAUGUACAAUGAAACAAAAAAUUGCAGGUUCAUAAUAUAUUUUUUUAGGGUUCGGCCAAUUUUAAAUUGUAAGGUUGGCUGUGAAAAAAAAAACUACGUGUUGAGUUCGCCUUUGCCGGGAAUUAAAAUGUUUGCCUCUCGUGUGGAUAAAGAAGUGGAAUGAAGUGACGAGACUGCUUUCAUUGUCCGGGGCUCUCUAACUCGGGGUGGCGCACCACUCGUUGAGAGACCUCGAAGUGGAACGUUCAUUGUCUCGAGACACGACGUUGGAUAGCACAAUUCGAAUGUAUGUUGAACUUCUUUCGCACCGUACGUAGCCAACCGUGCUAACCUGAGGUGGGGGGGAAGGACGUAAAACUAUACACAAAGAGCAAUUCUAAAAGAAAAGGCGUCUUGAAUAAUGACCACAGUGAUGUUAGCAUAGCUAAGCUUAUGAUGAGAACUUCGCACCUUCCAUAAAACAAUUCACGAGUUGCCAUGGAGAGCAUUGGCACUGAAUGAAUGGUGCCUCUGGAUGAGGUGUACAUAAGAAUGACUCACUUCGGCAGUUAUUCAUUAACACUUGAUGUGGUAUUAAAACCCGUGUAUACUGUUAAGUAUUCAAUGUACAUUCAGUAUAAAGGUGGUACAUGCACGCCAUAUGCUGGUGGGGGGGGGGGGCGAAUAUUCACGAGUGAAGUCAGAGAUCUCUGUACCCCUCAGUUCACGCACGUUCUCCAUUCUCGAAUCCUUUGCAAAUCCACUUUAACUUGUCAGUGCACAACUGUAGGGGGGCAUGUGAGUAGGUGCGGGGCCACUUCGUGUGAAUAAAGGGAAAAUUAAGGGAUCUAGGAAGUGUUUCUGUUAGAGGGGGGCCUGGUGAUUCGGGGGGGGGGGUUCAUAUGGCCGUGUCAGAACCACAGAACCAGUCCCGUUGAGACGCUGCGGUCAAAACUAGGUUUCAGCCACUUGUGAUUAAACCAAGUAGGCGAAUACAGCGAGUUGUUGGUCUCAGUCAUGCCCCAGUGGCUGCAUGAUUUUAAAAAAACUAACAUUAAAAUUUGGUUUUACCGUUGGCAUAGUGUCAAGCUUUCAGGAUUACAACGUAGUUGGUGUGGCUGCCACGCGAGGCAACGAAGCACUUAUUGUCACAUAGCACGUGGGAUGAUAUCAUCUGGUACAGAUACGAGGCAAUUGAAGGUAUUUCUGGUAUGUCAUCUUCCAAAAGCCAUCAAAUAACACCAUGUCAUGUCACAAUGCUCACUGAAAAAGUUUUGAAUGGGAAUUUGCUUCUCUCGUGACAGCAUGACAACAACAGCGCAUAUUGGAAGACAAUUUGUAAAAAGCAUGCGAGAAAAAAUAGAAAAAUAGUGCACUGUGGCUUGUGAUCAUGUUUGCAUACGUGAGUUUUGAGCAGAGACGUAUAAAUAGUCACUUUAUUAAAAUAAGUAUCCAAUCGGACGUGUCACGUGGUUCUAUCUGCAUGUUGCGUCCAUAUUAUUUUGAAGCCGGGUGAGGGCAGAGUCUAGCGGCUCGUUGGGCCCUUCCUGCUGAAACUAAUCAAAUAGAUUUAAUCGA